UUUUCUGUUCUUUUUUUUUUGUUUUUUAUUUAACAAUGUCGAAUAAGAAGCAACAGACACUAUUAAACUAUUUUUCAGCCAAGGCCAAAAAUGAGCCUGAACUGGUUACACCUUCCGAGGUUUCAAGUGAUAUGAAGCUAUUGUCUGUUGAACAGCCAAUAGAAGAAAAAGAGGAAGAAGUGAUACCAAGGAAACGAACAAAAAAAAUUGUUUUAACAAGUGACUCAGACACAAGUUUAGAAGAACAAAUCAUUCACACUAAGAGAAAGAGGCUUCGAAAGCGUAUUAUUCAGAGUGAUGAUGACAAUGAUGACGACAAAUCGACCAUGAAACACACAGAGAAAGAGGACAUAAUUGAUGAUUUAAAUUUCCUUGACAAGUCAGACAUAUUAAAUGAAAGAACACGCGGUAAACAAGUAUCACGCUACUCUGAAGCACUUAAAAAGCUGAAAGAUCGUAAAUCCAAAUUGGCGCAGUAUGAGAAAGGUCAAAAGGGACCUAUUGAUGACUAUGCAACAAAAGAUAGUGACAUGGGCAUUAAUAGCGUCAGUGGUUUUGAUAGCGAAGAAGAAGAGAGUGAAGAAGAGAGUGAUUUUGUUGUGGAUGAUGAUAUGAUUGAUGGUGAGAAAACGGCUGUUCAAGAAGCCAUGAUGGAACUACCACCGGAGUUCAGCAAGGGAAGAGUGUUGUCAUUUAAGCGACAAUUGGAGAUUUACAUUGAAUAUCUAGUGCGAUUAGUAUUGAACCCUGUUUUCGAUUCAUCAACUUCAACUCGCUAUGAUUUAGCAAAAAAGGCUGUAAUGAAAAGAAUACAAGGCUACAAAGAUUCAAUAGUAACAAGUGAUGUAUGGCUUUCCUCAUUCAAGUCUACGGUUGAUAAAUAUUCCAAAUGGGUCCAAACAAAGGAUAUCGUUUAUGACUAUGCCAUGAAGUGUGAAGCAUGCAGAUCGAACAAACCAGCGGGCGUCAAGAUCAUCUUGAGUGACAUUAAUGAUGAGCAGGACAGUACCUGCUGCAAAAAGGGUGAAAUGUAUCAUUAUUUUAAACACUUUGCGUCACACAUGUUUGCAAAAGUAAAAACUAUUGUUGAAGAAAUGCGUAACCUCGGAAUACAAGAUCCAGGUUCAAUUCACAUUCAAAUGCUCGCAACAGGUUAUAUAAAGAUGGUAAAAAUUUAUGUGUCUUUUCUUGUAUAUAUUUUCUUAUUCUUAUACCUUUCUAGUUGACAAAGGAAGUCCGAAAUUCAUUUAAUGUCACCAUUAGGCUUUAUAAUCUUAAGGGACAUAAAUCGAGAAUUGAAGACAGUAGCAGUAGUGAAGAUAUUAGCAGUAUUGAGGAUACUAGUAGCAGUGAAUACCA